GUAUAUAGUAGAAAAAUGUUUGAUGAAUUUAUUAUUGUGUUUCCAUUCAAAGAUGUAUAUUUGAUAAAUGAAGCUAUAACAAUUCUUACUUCCUUAGAUAAUGAUAAGGAGACAGUUAAAGAUUUAUAUUACUCAGAUGAUGAUGAAUCGGAAGAGUUUGAUGAAGAAGAAGAUGAUGAGGAUGAAGAAGAUGAGGAUGAAGAAGAUAAUGGAGAUGAAGAAGAUAAUGAGGAUGAAGAAAGUGAAGGUGCUAAAGGAACCAUCACUGUUAAUAAGAAUCACAAACUAUGCAAGGACCCAUCCAACCCACUGAAGUGCUGUUCACUGUUUGUUUGCAAUUUUGAUAAGGAUAUCACUUAUCAGGAAAUGUAUAACUUAUUUGCCAAGUUUGGCAAAAUCAAAAACAUGAGGUUGGUGAUACAGCCAAAAUGUUAUGCAUUUAUCAACUACAUGGAGAGCACUUCCGCUGGGAAGGCGAUGAAAGCAUUACAGGGUUGCCGCUUGCUGGUCAGCACAAGCCCUCUUAUCAUUAAAUACCCUACCACCAUUAUCAACAGUGCUCUCAAAAAAUUGAAAGACCCUGGCGAAAUUAAAAAACUUGUGUCGCCUCCUUUGGAAGUUUCAUCCAAACCAACUGUCAUAAAACAGCCAAGUGUGAAAAAUUGUCCUGCUACCAAAAGAACUCGUUUCACACCCAAUAUGAAGAAAUAAGAACAUAUAUCUCUACAAUGAAUCAUUCCACAAGUAGUUACUCAUACUGUCACAUCCUGUUAUUCACACUUAACAGCUCUGAGAGUACACAAAUGUAUAAUACUUCAGAUUGCUGGAUUUCAUCGUAAUAAUGUAUACAAAAUAGGCUAUUCAUUAUAGAGUUUUUUUUCAAACUUUUAUUUUACUAUUAUUAGAACUUUUUAAUAUUUCAUUUUUCAGUUACUUUAUGUUUAUUAAUAUAUUGUACCCAACAAUUAUUGUGCACACUUUAAACAAUUUAAAGUUUUUAAUGAACAGUUUUAGUUUUAAAAUGUGAUGCAGUUUACAUUAAGACUUACUACCAUUGAAUGAAAUAAUGAAUGUAUUGAGUGUUAAUUCUUUAUAAUAUUAAUUCUUGUUUUAUUCAAUUUUUUAUUGAUAAAUCAAUUACGUUAGUUUAGUAAGGCAAUACUGUUAAAAAUGAUUAAAACACCAAGUAACACUAUAACUAUGUUCUACUAUGUCUAGGCUGUUGGACUAUAUUUAACAAGUGGGUUUUAAGACUUUGUAUGAUUUAAUUAAAAACUUAUUUAAAAUGAUAAAUUUGAGUUCCAAGCAAUUUUUGGUAAUCUUAAUGACUUUAACUAUUUAGUGUACUAUUGUUCUUUGCAAUGUAGUGUAUUGGAAUGUGGAUACUUAUUUUUUUUAAAGAAUUCUUUCCUAGGUUGCACACUUAAAAUGUAGAGUACUUAUUAUGUGUUAAAAAAUUGUGAUUUGUCAUCUAUAUCACUUUGAACAAGGUCUAUUAGACUUACAGUUGUGUUAAUCUUUAAUUUAUUUAAGUUAUUAUUAAAAAAUGUAGUGGUUUUGUAUUUCAUGUUUAAUUAUUGUUCUUGUUGUAAGCGAUACAAGUGUAAGGGUAAAACCAUAAUCAAUUUUACUACACAAAAUGUAUUCUUUAUUUUUAAUUUUUCUAGUUUGUAAUAUUUGAAUGCAUUAUUUUUCAUGAUUGAAAGUUACUUGGUUACUUUUUUGAUUUCAUAUUACUAUGCCAUUUUAUUGUACCAAAUUGUUCCCA